GCUUACGCCGUCGAUGACCGAGACAAAGUGGACUCUCUCGCAGCAACUCAAGUGGAAGUUGGCCAAGUGGCUCCGAGACUUGACCAAAAACGGCGUUGAGCUCGACCCGAUGCCGUCCAUGGCGCCGACGCUGUGCUUUGGCAUCUUGGGCGAUGUUAUGGCGACCCAGACGCAGAUGGAGACGUUUGCGACCGCCAUCGCGACCGAGUCGCACGAUGCGAUUCGCGUGCAGGUGGUCGGCGGUUCGAUGCCGAUUCCUCAACCCGCACGUCGCGCGACCCCUGUUUCGAGCGAGGCGGCACCGGACCUCGGUCACGGGACGCUGCCCAAGUUUCCGCGGACGCGCCACUUGCUGCCGAGUGGCGGUGUCACGCGCGACGACUUGGUGCUGGACCCGCUGGACGCUGGACGGUUUGUCCAGACGCGCGUGACGAUCCAAGAAAAGGUCGAUGGCGCCAACCUCGGUCUCUUCCUCAACGACGACUUUGCGAUCGUGGCGCAGAACCGGUCGCACUUUUGCAACUCGAGCACGGCGCCGCAGUUCAAAGGCCUCGACAUUUGGAUCCAAGUGCACCAGUUUGAGCUCAUCGAAUUGCUCUCGCCGCCCGGACGCUACGUGCUCUACGGCGAGUGGCUCUUUGCGCAGCACUCGAUCGGCUACAGUCGACUGCCGAGCUACUUUCUCGCGUUUGACAUCUUGGACCGGGCGGACAAUACGUUUUGGAGCGUCGAACGAGUCACAGAACGACUGGAAGAGACGUCGAUCCACAUGGUACCGACGCUGUCGACGACGACUGUGGCCGACUUGGACGGCUACCAGCGCCUGCUCGAGACGCCCUCGGCCUUCUACGACGGCCCCGUCGAAGGGAUUGUGAUCCGACGCGAAGAAGACGGCGUCUUGGUGGACCGCGCCAAGCUCGUGCGCGACGACUUUAUCCAAGAGAUUGGCGACCACUGGGCCAAGAAGGGUGUGGUGAAGAACCAACUGCACUUUUAAUCGAACGAGUAUCUAGUAGACGCUUUGGCUAAUCCACGUACAAUUACUCGAGCA